CUUAUACAACGGAUAGGCUCCUCCUCCUCAUCCAAAAUAACCAGUGCAAUUCACAAGUAAUUUGCUCCUAAUUCAUUUUUCAUGUUUCCACAAAUGCUGAGGCACUGAAUUGUGAGACAGGUCAUUUACAGAAUCGACUAUUUUAUCAAAAAGAGUAAUCUCAACGGCUUGAUUUGCAGGAUUUCUGCUCUGAAAUGCGGCCCACCAUAACCUGUUCAUGUGAAUUGUUUGAUAAAUCAAAAGAUUUUAAAGUGUUUGAGAUAAUGACUUGUAAACGGUGGAGCGCCUGCGCGGCUUUCUUAUCGGGAACGUUUUUAUAGUUGGAAAUUCGUAUUCAGGAACUAAAGAGAUAACUUGAAUUUGUGUGAUUUUUGCAGGUUAUAAGUGUUUGGCAGAGUUAAAUCAGUUCAACGCCCAGAAAGGAAGAAAUCUUUAGAAAUUCAUUAUAAAUAUGAAUAUGGUACUCAAGAAAUCAACUUGUGCUGUUCAGGAAGAGCAUAGGAGUAGCAUUGAAGAUUUGCCAGAUUCCCCAGUUUCAUGCUCGGAGGAGCAUGAUGCUUUUUGUGAUGAAGGCGCAGAGACUGUGCUCUGGAGUAAUGCAGCAUUCAGAACAAGCUUGAGCAGUAGUUUUUGCUCUAAUCAGGAGGGAUUUUCACCCAGAAACUCUCUCUGUCAAAAUCUAGCAUACAGAGAUUCCCAGAAGGCUGCCCACAACAAAAACCCAAUUCAUUGUUUUUCUGAGAAAUCUGUUUCAGUGAACUUUAUGAGAAAUUUCAGUGAGAUUUCUGCCCAGGGGUGUUGCAAGAUGAUAAAAGUUGAAGCACAGCUCAAGUCCCCUGUAAUGGAACGGAGUAGUGUGCCCUACAAAAGUACUGAGCUUUCAGAGUUAAAUGGGAAAUGUAAGGCUCUGUCAGGCCUUAAUAAUGGAAUGAUUAUAUCAGAGGAGGAAGUGAAAAUUAAAGCAGAGUUGGAGAAAGAAAUUGAGAAGGCAUUGGAGGAAGAGAUUAAGGAUGGUAUCCUAGUUCUUACUCAGAGGCUUGCACUGUUACAUGCUCGCCAGAAAGUCAGAAAAGAGGACUGUCAAUAUCAUAAAUCUGAGUUUAACACACCAUUGAAGUCUUACGAUGGUGCACUGCAAGAUUCAAAUUAUGGUUUGAUCUUGUACCCAAAAUUGCCUAAGGGUACUACCAGUCCCUUAGGGUUAUCAUCUUCUUCCAGAGAGAAAAAAAGCUCUGCUCAUGGCAAUGAAGGCAGGCGUUAUAAGAGUCCAGGUGACCCAAAAGAUCCAGAGAAGAAAUUCUAUAAGGAUUUUGAUUGGGUGAGGACUUUAAGGUCAGGAGCUAAAUUGAAUUCCCCAAAAAAGCCCAAUAACAGGCUUGCAGAGCAUGAAAAGUUGAGAAAGGAUUCCCCUAGGUUUUCUAAAUUAAAUUCCCCCAAAAAUCCCAAUCAUAGCCUUCCAGACCAUGAAAAGUUGAGAAAUGACUCCCCUGGGUCUUCUCGUGCUCUUUUUUCAGAACCCAUCAAUGAAAAGUUGUGUUCAACCAGUGAGCUCCCUCUGCAUGGAAAAUUUUCUGCCAAGCUCAGUCCAAAGGAUGAACUUUGUAGCACUGAACAGAUUCACAGUACCCACAGUUCUGUUUCCAGCAAAGUGGUUAGUAGAGAAGGAAAUGAUGCAGUUGAAGAAGCCAAGCCAGUAUGUCAGGCUGAGGGGAAACCUAAAGAGAACAGAUUGCUUUUGAUUGAUAUGAUGAAUAAACUCAGAGCUUCUAAUGCUUAUAAUGUUGGUGAGCAAUCCAAAAAAGGAGCAUUUUACAGAAAGCAAGCUUCUCCAUCAAUAGGCUUGGUUAAAAAUGCUACAAAUGCAAUGCAAUAAGUGAGGUUAGAGGAGGAUUGUUGAAGGUUUGAUUGGAAGGAACAAUUGAAUAAUUUUAUACAUUUUAGUGACUACUGAAUGGCCAGUUCAAAGAGGAUAUUGAUUUGGUUAGAGUAGAAACAAUUAUAUUCUAUUCAUAAUUAUAAUAAUUAUAUUCUAGAGUGUGUAUUUUUUGUACUUUUAUGAAAGUGAAAGUCGAGAAGAGUUUUAUUUUAGAGUGUGAUGUCUUCAAGGACGGUAGGGACAAAUAUGUUAAUAGGAGACUGCGAAAGAUCUCUUAUUUACAUUGGGGAACAUUGAGAAGUUGGGGACACUCAUCAUCAACUUUCACAGGAAAAGGAUUGAUUUGCAGAAGUCAGCUUGAUUGGGCAGGCUGUUCCAUGGGCUAGGUUUAACCUCGUGAAUGUUAAAAUUGUCUUGUUGUCUUCUCCUUCUCAAAUUAUUGUGAA